GAAAGAACACACGUUUGACACUCGAAUAUUCACCACUUCUUGAUGCCUCUUCACGCCUCUCUUCGUGGAAAGUUCCCGGCCGACCGGCUACCCGCAUCACGGUUGCCUGAAACGAAACCGCCUAAACCGGACCGCGAUUUAAAUCGCCGACACGGACCAGGACAACUUCUCGCUCGUCGAUCUACUCGAGAUUUGAUAUCUCGCGAUUCGCGUUUAUAUCUCGUUUAUAUCCCGCCGCGAUCGACGCAACCGUCACACUGGAGAAAAAGUCUUGUUGUAUUAAUUGGAAUUCUUGUAGAUUCAACUAGAAAGGUAGAAAAAUCAGUGCACCAUCGAGAUCGCGCCCGAUGCUCCAGCCUUGAAGACGCGUCUCGGAUUCGUCGAAAAUUACGAUUCGAGUCGCUCGAGGAUGCGACACAAAUUGUCCGCCAGGAGUUACGAGAGAUUAUCGACUUCUUCGAGACGGUGAGAUUCAAGCUCUUCCAAGAAAGGCAACCGAUUUCACACUUCUAACGUUUCGCGUCU